GCAACUGCUUGACCUCAAAUUCUCGCUCUCGCCAACAACCUCCAGGGCCGUCUCGCAACUGACUUAUCAUCUCGAAUUCGUGCAGCGCCAAUCGGUUUCUUAGCACGCCUCAUCGGACAUUCUCGCGCUCUCUAGCUCUUGAUCAGUUUAGACUCGUAUUCCAGUGUUUCGGUGCUCAGCUCACGAGGCCGCCCGUGCAGAGUUUUUGGGGGAGCCCAAAAGUGUCGAGGCGAGUUUCGGAUCAAUCCAUCGGAGCGCCAUGGCAGCCACGAGGGGAACCAGCCUGUUGAGACUUCUUCACAGGAGCGCAGUGGCACAGGUGGCGGGGCAGCAUUUCGCAGGGCCCGCGACCGCAGCCCGGGCAACUGCUCCGGCGUUGGGGACCGCCCCUGCCCAGAGCAUUCUGCGACGGCUCUUCGCCGAUGGGACGCAGACCUUCGAUAGAGCCAAGGUGGAGGCAGGGGAUGCGGCCCAGAAGAGCAAGGAGUACGCCCAGGAGAAGACCGACCAGGCCAGCGACAAGGCCGGAGAGCUGAAGGAGAAUGCCAAGGAUGCGGCCAGCAGCGCGGCUGACAAGGCGAAGGACGUGGCCGGCAGCAUGUCGGACAAGGCCGGAGAGCUGAAAGAGAAUGCCAAGGAGACGGCCAGCAACGUGGCGGACAAGGCGAAGGAAGUGUCCAGCGACGUGACCGGCCAAACGAAGGAGUCCGCGGGAAGAGCGACCGAGAAUGCCAAGGACACCGCGCGAUCGGCUUCGGGAACUGCACAGAACAAGGCAUACGAAGCCAAAGAGGAGGGCGCGGGCGUGGUGGACAAGGUGAAGGACGCGGUGAACAGGGAGAUGGACACCGCGAAGGACAUGACGAAGGACAUCCCAGAGAAGACGAAGGAAACGGCGCAAGGAUUGAAGGAGGUGGGGAUAGAGGCUGCGAAGGCCGUCAAGAGGGACGCGUCGAGGAUCGCCGAGAAAAUUGGUUUGAAGACUCCCUCACAGUGAGCUCUCGCGGGAGCGGAGCGCGUUUGGGAGGGUGGGUUCGGGCUCGGCGACUGAUCGGUACGACCGUCGAAGUGUCGAAGCACCUCGACGGUUUCGUAGCGACGCCGACGUGGAUUAGCGUAGCCGCCCCCAAGCGCCCGGUUCGGAGCUGCGGUGCGACGCGAGACGGAUUUAGUUGU